AUGCCCUUCGGACUUAAAAACGCUGGAGCAACGUACCAGAGGCUAAUGAACAAGAUGUUUGCACAUCAAAUAGGCAGGAACGUUCAGGUUUACGUUGACGACAUGUUAGUCAAAAGUCUGCACGAAAAAGAUCAUCUGGGCGACCUCCGAGAAACGUUCAACACAAUUUGGUCAUUCAACAUGAAGCUAAAUCCAAGCAAGUGCGCGUUCGGGGUCACAGCGGGAAAAUUCCUGGGUUUUAUGGUAUCCCAGAGAGGAAUAGAAGUUAACCCGGAGAAGAUUCGUUUCAAGGGCGACGGACAGGUGCUUACCAUUCUUCAGAACCCUAAGUCAUUUGAGUGGACGGAUGAGUGCCAAGCGGCCUUCAACGAUUUAAAAGCGUAUCUCUCAUCUCCUCCACUACUCAGUCCAUCCGUGCAAGGUGAAGAACUCUACCUUUACUUAGCAGUAUCACAUGCCGCAGUAAGCGCAGCUUUAGUAAGGGAGGAGGAAGGGAUACAAAAACCUGUCUAUUUUACCAGCCGUGCACUCCGUGGAGCAGAGGAGAGGUACCCCCAAAUGGAGAAGUGGGCUUUUGCGCUAGUAAUAGCUGCGCGGAGACUUAAGCCGUACUUCCAGGCACACACAAUCAUUGUUUUAACAGACAAGCCACUGAGGAAAGCUAUGAACAGCCCGGAAGCAGCGGGAAGAAUGGCCUUGUGGGCAAUAGAGCUAAGCGAGUUCGAUAUCCAAUACCGACCCCGGACGGCGAUGAAAGGACAGGCAGUUGCUGACUUCAUAGCCGAAUUUACACUCGGGGAGGACCAAUUGGAAGAAGUAAGGGAACAGUGGAAAAUCUACACCGACGGGUCCUCAAACAGGCGAACCGGAGGAGCUGGAGUCGUUAUACAAACUCCGCGGGGAGACACGAUACGAUGCAUGAUCCGCCUGGACUUUCCAGUAACCAACAACGAAGCAGAGUAUGAGGCCUUGGUAGCAGGACUAGACCUCGCAAGGGCCGCGGGAGCGGAGAGCGUAAUCGUCCACUGCGAUUCGCAAGUUGUAACAAGUCAGAUCAAUGGCGACUACGAGUGCAAAAAUGAUAGGAUGAAGAGAUACUUGGAGGAAGUGAAGAACCGGAUUAGCAGCAUUGAAGUCAAAUUCGUUCAAAUCCCACGGGAAGAGAACGGGUGGGCAGACCAAUUGGCAAAGUCUGCAUCAGCCGAGUUCGUAGUGAUCCCCGAACAGGUAUUAUCGUUCGUGCAAACAUCCUCAUUAAUCGAUAACGAAACAAACAUGCAGGUUGGGGGCUCUGAGUGUGACUGGGCUGGGCCAUUAAUCGCCUACCUAAAGGACGGGGUGUUACCGGACGAGAAAGGCGCCGCCAGAAAAUUGAAGGUCCAGGCUUCACGGUUCGUGCUGAUAAAAGACAUCCUAUAUAAAAGAGGUUUUUCUCGACCAUACCUGAGGUGUUUGUGCAAAGAAGAGGCGAAUUAUGUAAUGAGAGAAGUGCAUGAGGGUAUCUGCGGAAACCACUCAGGGGCGCGAUCACUGGUACAUAAGCUGAUCCGUGCAAGGUACUACUGGCCUACAAUGAUGAAGGACGUGCAAGCCUAUGUCCAAUGUUGCGACAAAUGCCAGAGGUUCAGCAAUUUCAUCAGGCAGCCGUCCGAAGAGCUGACACCUAUGACGACACCCUGGCUAUUUGCACAAUGGGGACUUGACAUUAUGGGCCCUUUUCCUACAGCAGUUAGACAGUUAAAAUUCUUGGUCGUCGGCAUAGACUACUUCACCAAGUGGGUCGAGGCGGAAGCUUUAGCCACCAUUGCGGAGAAAAAUAUCCGAAGUUUUGUCUGGAGAAACAUCAUAUGCAGGUACGGGAUCCCCAGGGUACUGGUCUCUGACAACGGCAAACAGUUCGACAACAAUAUAAUCAAGAUCCGUCUUGAAGGAGCAAAAGGCUUAUGGCCAGACGAACUACCGAGCGUCCUAUGGGCAUACCGAACCACAGCAAGAACACCCACGGGAGAAACACCUUUCCGUCUAGCGUAUGGUACAGAAGCUGUCAUCCCUGCAGAAGUGGGACUCACCAGUUACCGUGUGGAGAACUACAACGAAGGUGCAAAUAAAGAAGCUAUGCGCCUCCAACUUGAUCUACUGGACGAAGUCAGAGCGACGGCCGAGCAAAGACUAGCACGCUAUCAGAAUCUCAUGGCGAGACAUUACAACAACAAAGUAAGGCACAGGGACUUCGGGGUCGGGGACCUAGUGCUGCGGAAAGUAAUGGGUGCCGCCAGAGACUUCUCGCAAGGGAAACUCGGCCCCAACUGGGAAGGACCCUACAGGAUCAUGUCAUGGCAAAGGAAGGGGACCUACCACCUCGAGACGUUGGAGGGACGACCACUACAGCACCCAUGGAACUCAGAGCAUCUUCGGAAAUACUACCCGUAG